GAGGAAGCCGAGAUAGAUGUUGCAGGAGGAAAAGCAAGUUAUGAAAAGGAUGCGUUCAGUUUUGGACUCUAGUCUGUGCUGUCAGAAAGAGCAAGUUAGGGGGACUACGAAUGACUACAUCUCUCUGCACCCCCUCCUGAACUACAUUUUGGCCUUGGAGCACUCAGAGUUCUGCUGUCUGACUCCCUACUCCUGUUCUCCAGGGAGACUGUGGUAGGCUCUCCUGAGAGGAAGCCCACACCUUGGAUCAUAUGCUGCAGGGAGAUCUGGCGAAAGGCUUGUGGAAGUCAAGGACUGUGGCUGGCAGGUUUGUUGCUUCUGAUGAAGGGGCAGUGUUAAUGAAAAAGGGAGUUAGGAGCCCAGCCCUUUCCCAACAUGACAAAUAGUAGCAAGAAUCUGAUCCGCUGGGCUCACGUGGGCCAUACCCCCUCAGUCCAAACUACAUUGUCUACCCAAUGGACAAUCUGGAGGCUUCAGGGUCAUCAAGCAAAAAUUUCCAGGUGUGCCCUAACUCCAAAAGGGCCUGAGGCUACAGGUGAGAGAUUAGUAUGAUUGUUAUCACUGUGAUUGUUGUGAAGUUGGUGAUGGGGACUGUGGGAGGCCACAAAGACGUCUUUGAUUAUCAGUGCAUCAUCACUCUGGUGGGAGGCUCUUGCAUGUGCGUGGGCUCCUGUGAGUGGGUUGAGAGAGUGGCAGACGCUCUGUUCUCUAAGGGUCGGGAAUAAGCAUCACUUUGUUCCUCAGAAACAGGACAGUACUUUUCUUCUCACCUGUUCGCAAACACAGGGCCUGUCAACAUCAAAGAAAACCCAAGAACUUAAGCACUUCUGGCAAGGAGGUUGGAACUAAGUGUUCUUAUGAUACCAGCAAGGAGGAAACCAGAUCGUAAUGUCUCUUUCUUCCCAUCCAUCCAACCCCCAUAGCACAGGGGCUCCUCAAAGUCAGGGGACAUUCCCUCCUCCCAGUUGGGGCCUUUAUCUAGAAACCAUCCCAGCCUCUUCUCACCUUUGGGCUGUCCUUGGCCUCAGGCAUGAAGAAACCCUGCCUGUUGCCCUGCUCAUCUUCCAGAUCCUGUCUGUCCUCCACAGCAAUCAGAGAAUCGUAGCUAGCUUGUUCCUUCUAUUGCCUCUGCUUUCUUUUUUUCCCCCAGAAGGGUUCACUGGGGCCAGGGAUAAUCAAGAAUUGCUCACCCAAGGACCAGGUGGACCUCUUAUUCUCAGGAAGAAUGGCACCAGCUGUGGCCUGGCUCCUGUUCCUCCAGCUUGUUCAAGGACCAACUCUGGUCAUGGACAUCAGCAUAGAGGUUGCCAUCCAGAACUUUCAAACCAUGUACAUUGACUAUCCCAAGGUUAACUACCCAGAGGGUUUCCAGGGCUACUGUAAUGGUCUGAUGGCCUAUGUGAGGGGCAGACAACAAAGCUGGUAUUGCCCAAAGAGGCAUUAUGUGAUACAUGCUCCCUGGGCGGACAUUCAGGAGGCCUGCAAGUACUCUGAGAGCUUCUGUGAGAAUUACAAUGAAUACUGUACACUCUCUGAGGACUCAUUUCCCCUCACAAUCUGCUCUCUGGAGACCAAACAGCCACCCACCAGCUGCCGCUACAAUAGCACCCUAAGUAACCAAAGGCUCUACCUGCUCUGUUCCCAAAAGUAUGAUGGUAAACCAAUAGGUAUCAUUGGCCUCUACUAGGGGAGGGAGGCUUUCACUGUGAACCACCCUCUACUGCCACCACGACCAGCCUGUCCCCCUUUUCAAAACUCUGAUUCCUGAUACAAUGCUUCCCCCUGACUUUGAAGGUAGGCCGGGUUCCCUCCAAAGAGACCAGGGAGGUAGAAAAAAUGUUCAGAGCUUUAGUCACCAUGCAAAAUCAGACCGUCUUUUAGGCUCUUUCCAGCUUGUUUACUUCUCCUCUUCCGCAUCAUCUGCCCUCUCCCACAGACAGUUUUACCCACCCAAGAAGCCGAGUGUGUCCAGUUGGCAGUGCCUGCCCAUCCACUGGGCCAGAUACUGAAUCCUGGAUGGAGGCCCAGAGCCUCAGCUCACACCAUGGCAACAGGCACCAGCUCAAUGUUUCGACUCCCUAUCCCCACCACCCUUCUCUUUUCAGUCUUCCCCAUUUCCCUAUGACUCUCUCCACUCACCCACAUUAAUGGAUAUGCUAGCUUUAGGGAGCUCCCUGAGACCUUUAGGUUAAUUUUAGCCUCAUAUCCUUAGAAUCCCCUCGCAGUUCCCUGUCUGCUCCUCUCCAUGAAACCAUUUUCUUCAUGUAACCUGUUCUUUCCUCUCUCCUUCUACCAUGGAACCCAGUGUCUCUCCACUACACUCCCAGCCUCCUUUAGUCACCCUGUCUUCUCCAACUUCUUUUCCACAAUUCUCACCUUGGCUCACUGAAGUUUAAAGUUAUUUUUUUCUGGCCUAUCCCCCCUCCCCGCAAGAUUCUUGCAUCCUGUUCCCAAAGCUCCUCCUGAUAUUCUCUAGAUUCUAAGAUCUGCUGCUGACAAAAUAGGUGAGGUGGGCCUAGAUGUAGUCACAGAAGAUUUUAAAGCUACAUCUGAGUUGUGUAAGCUAGAACCAUUGGAUGAAAUCGGGUAAAGUGUACAUGGGACCUC